AUGUUAUACUCUGGAUGGUUGGCUUGCGGAUCACGUCUCACUGCUCCUCAUCUGCCAGAGCGCGUCAUGCGGCAGUUCGAUUGCACUAAGACCAUUCCCAUACACCCUGUUGUCUCUACUCCUCCUGCUUUGACACAUACACAAAUGGAUGACAUGUUUGAUGAUUAUGAGAGUCACCUGGCACCGAAGGAGGCACAAAGUAUCAUAGCCCCUAGCGACUGGAGCCACGUGGACGGGUACAUCAAAGAGUUCUUCAGGGUGUCACAUCCAUAUAUGGUGCAGGCUUCUCUAGGAGACCCACCUAGGCCAGCUCAUCAGGAGAUACUAGAGGAGGAGCAAACACAAUUAGAUCAUGCUAAGGAUGUAUUGCCUAGAUACCGUCGCAUUAUGGGGAUUGUGCAUGUAGGCAUUGACAAAAGUAUCUUUCCUGAUGGGUCUAAUGUGAGACAUGUCCUAGAUGCCAUCAUGACGAAGGCACAAAGGGCAUUGAUGUACUGGAGACAACACCAGAGGAUGGAGAGAGAUUGA